AUGGACGCCCGCUUCCUGUCCCGAGGCUUUCAUACCAGGCCGACGCCAUGGCUGCUCAAAGCCACUCGACAGCAACCUUCGAUGCUGCAACAGCCCUCCACCUCUUUCCUCUCCAGCGCAUUCCGAUACUCUUCUUCCAUAUCCACACCUCCACCCUCAACAUCAAACAAGAGCAACGAUGGCAACAACAGCGGACCCCCUAAGCAAGCACCAACACAAGCAACCACUAGCAGCUUCACAUCCGACUUCGACGAGAUCCUCAACAAACUCGAGCUGAGCACAGGCACAAGGAGCGGCAGCGAAGAUGCCCUCUCCAGACCCUCAAAGAGCCGCAGCCGCUUGAUCUUCAACGGCACCCGGGCCGGCGGCGGCACGGCCAUUCAGUCGCGACAGCCGCGGACUAAGCUCCACAUGAAACUGAAGCCGGCACUGGGCCGGAUGAUCUUCGUGCAGCCGGAACGCGGUAUGGAUCUCGGCAACAGUAUUCGCAACCUGGAGAUGCUCUGCACCAGUAACAGGGUUCGUGCCGCUGUCUAUGAGCAGAAGUAUCAUGUGCGGAGGGGUGUGCAGCGCAAGAUGCUUCGGAUGAAGCGGUGGCGGUCACUUUUCCGGACUUCUUUUGGGGAGACUGUGCGCAAGAUUCAGCGUAUGCAGUCGCAGGGGUGGUGA